UUUCAUUGUAUUGCCCUUUCCCGUUUGUGGCAGAAGAGCCAUGAAGAACCGUUCCUCAUCUCCCCCUUUGCACGUCCAUGUGGAUGAAAACACCCCUGUCCAUGUCCAUAUUAAAAAGGGUCAGAAAACCACACCUGCAAAAUGCCAGCAAAAACACAAACAGAAAAUGAAAGGGGAUACCACAAACACGUACCGAUCUGUCCGGGUGAAAACUAAGGCCCCCUGGAUGCCCCCAGGCAAAACAUCUAUCCGGGAUUCCACCUCCAAAUGGGAGGGACCAACUCACCGCCUAGAAAUGACACCUCCAGAUUCAGAGAAGGUGCUGUCAGUGUUGCGCCUGAGUGACCUCUCCACAGAUGAGGAGGAUGCUGUUUACUGCAAAAUGAACCAAUAUGAGAAGAAGAUUGAUAGCCUGAUGAAUGUAGUGGGAACACUGAAGAAUGAGGCCAAGCUGCAGAAAAAGGAGGAACAGCAGCAAAUAACAAAGCGUCUCCUUGAGGAGCAGAAAGAAGAACUGAAUGAGGUCACGCAAGAGCUGGUGGAAACAGAACAUGAGAAUACACUGCUCAGGCGCAAUAUUGAGCGCAUAAAGGAGGAGAAAGACCUGACUGUGCUACAGAAAAAAUACUUGCAGCAUGAGAAGGAGUGUUUGAUGACCAAGCUGAGUGAGGCAGAAAGGGAUGGAGCAGCAGCAGCCAGGCAAAUCCAUGCCCUGAAAAAUACAAUUGGCAGACUCAACAUUGAGAAACACAUGAGCAGCUCAGACAUUAGCAUGUUGAAAAGACACAAAGAACUUCUGCUCCAGAAAUUGAGCACCUUUGAAGAAACCAACCGGACACUACGAGAACUUCUCAAAGAGCAGCAGAACCGGGAGAAGGAUGCUCAGAAGAUACUGGAGCGGCAAGGAGCACUGCUGAAAAGGCUGUCUGACUCCGAUGCAGAGAAAGUGCAACUUCAGAUGAGGCUUCAGGAGAAAGAAAAAGAAGUGGACAAUCUUGCCAUUCAGCUACAGGCAGAAAAGGACCAGGCAAAGACAGCAGCUGAACUCUCCAAAUCUAUGGAGGCUGUGAGAGCCCAUUUGCAAGCGCAGUUGCGAAACAAAGAAGCUGAGAACAACCGUCUGACUACACAGUUACGGAAUCUGGAACGCAAUGAAGCUCAGCAUAAGGCAGAGGUGGACCGUAUCAUGGAACAACUGAAAGAACUGAGGCAGAAGGCAGACCGUGAUAAAGAGGCCCUGAAGAAAGCCAUCCGCGCACAGAAAGAGCGGGCAGAGCGCAGUGAAGAGUACGCAGAGCGACUGGCUGUCCAGCUAGCAGAAAAGGACAAUUAUGUUGCUGAGGCACUGGCUACUGUGGAGUCCUGGAGGAGUCGCUACAACAAAUUAGUAAAGGACAAGAGUGACCUCGAACUGGAAAUUGUUAUGCUGAACAGCCGUGUUGCAGACUUGCUGGAACAACAGGCAACUGUGGAGGACAAGGUGCGGGAGGACAGAGAAGCUUUGGUGGAUAAACUGCAUCGACAGACUGCAGAGACCACUUCUUUCAAAACGGAGAAUGAAAGACUGAAGGCUAGUGUGGUCCCAAUGGAGGAAAAGCUGAACCAAGCACAAAUGGAAGUGCAGCAGCUCAAGAGCUCUGCCAGGAACUAUGAAGGGUUGAUUGAAUCCUACAAGUCACAGGUGUUGAAGAUCCGAAUGGAAGCAGAUGAAGUGACAGCAAAACUGGAGGAGUGUGAUAAAGAGAACAAGACACUAAAGGAUGAAAUGAACAAGGAGAUUGAACUGGUACGUAAGCAGUUCCAGAGCCAGCUUGCUGAACUGGAAAAGCUGCCUGAAAUCUUAAAGAUCAGAGAGACACAGUUAUCAGAAUGUCAGGACCAGCUUCAGAGUUAUGAGAAAAAGAACAUGGACCUGUCUGUGAUGAUUGCAGAUCUUCAUCAGCGGGUAAGGGACUGGCAGAAGGUACCUGCAGCACUGCAAUCCACAAGUCUUGACAGCGAGAUGAAUUUCUAACCACAGGAAGGUUCAAGCUUUGUCUCUGUUCUCACUGCUUUGAAAAGAUUAAAUGUACACUGCAAAA